GUUUUGACGAACCAGGCGUUUAGCUUCUUCGUUCGCGGAGAUUUCCCGGACUCCUUGGAGGAGAAGCUCGCAGAUGCCACGAAGUCCUUCGAGAAGCUCAUGCUGGGCUACCUACACCCUCAUCUGCCUGCACCCCCCACCCAGACGUGCUACAACUUUGCCUUGCAAGUGGAAAGCGCCGUCAACGACUUUCGCGAUGUCAUGGAUUCCAUUGAGCCUUCUAGCACGGUGGCCGCCAACAAGGUCGCUGGCGUGUGCGAGGCGGCCCGGGCAUUGGCUGGCAGGUAUGCAGACGAGGCUGAGGCAGCCUACCCGGAAUGGCCGAGAGCAAGGGUGGAGCUCUUGAACUGGCAGAGGGCCUUGGCAGCACAAACAUUGGCCGCGGCCGUGGCGGCGUCAGGGGGUGGCUUGGCACAGGCCAUCGAGGAGUUUGAAGGCAUGCACCUUGUCCUCCGUGAUGGCAGUCAGGACGGGGCCGUGUCGGAAAUCAUUCCGGAGCGAGACGACCUGAAGCAGCACUGGAAGCAGAUCGACGCGGCUUGGGGCAUCUUCAAGACAGAGACGCAGAGCCAAAACAUCGAAGCAAUGCUCCAAUCUUUGACCGACCUGGAGCUGAAGUUACUCUUGGCACUUCCUGCGUUUGGGAUCCUGGAUAACCCCACUCCUCCCAAUUCCCCCUGGGUUUUUGUGGCGACAUACGCCGCAAUGACCACAAUGCUGUGCCUUUGUGGUGUUUCAGGGUGCUGCGUGUACUACAGGGUCCGUCGAAGCAAAGCAGACCCUCAGCUAUCCGUUGCAAGCCAAGCUUGA